AGCUAGUUUAUGCGUUGGAAAGCCUGACAACCACAUGACUCGCCACCCGUACCGCUGUGAUCACUAUAUCAGGUGUAACAACAGCACGGUGCACGUUCUCAAGUGCGAGAACAAGCUCUGCUUCAACACCGAGACCAAUACCUGUGGCCAGACAGGUAUUGUGAUGCAUGACGUGGUGGCCUAUAUGAAUGAAGGUGUGACGUCACUGACGUGCCGUGUGCAACAUCUCGGUUCCUGGAGUGCACUUCGUCUUAGGAAGAUACUGCCAUCUGGUGACAGUAUCACAAUUGUAGUUGCAUCCAACAAAACAAAUGUAACAAUUCAGGAUCCGAACAUGCGAGGGCGACUGUUUGCGGAUAUUCAAACGACUCAAUAUGAAGCUAACCUUAAACUAUGGAUAUACACAUUAGAGUGCGAUGAUGCGGGAACGUAUCUUUGUGAGGCGGAUGUUGAUUAUGAGUUACCCGCAACACGUGCACAGCUCACUCUCAAAGUGAAGCCAAAACCGCCACAGAUCACGAGUCCAAUAGAAAUCCUGGAAGGGAAACGACUCAGGCAAAGCUUUACGUGUGAGGGAGAGGUAGGGUAUCCCAAUGGUGCCCUACGGUGGGAAGUCAAGUACAAGGACCAAACCAAGUUCUCCGGAGUUUCUUUGGCAGUAUUCAACGACACCAAGACUAAAUCCGUGGUCGGGAACUGCUCCAAAAUCAUCAGGCGAGAAUUGUCCUUUACACCUUCAACAGAACAAGACGAAAUGGUGUUGAGAUGUGUUGUUGAAAAUAACGACACAUUACCAGAUGGGCAGACAUUGUGGGAUUCGUUCAAAGUUCAUGUCAUUCCAGCAAACUUCUGUAGUUCCGACAACUCAACGUACCUGAUCCACCCUCACAACUGUCGACAGUAUAUCCAGUGUGCCCAGGGAUACGUGUACGUCAGACAGUGUAGCGUCGGUCUCUGCUUCAAUCCCGACACUCAACAGUGUGACAUCCCAGAACCGAUAGAGUUCACUGUCUUUGAUCCAGAGUUUCCUUGUCGACCAAACAAAAAUGGUGUAUACUUUCCACAUGCCUUCCUCUGUAACAAGUACACGUGGUGUGUACAAGGAAAGGGAAUCCUCCAACACUGUCCCUUAGGAACUCUCUACCUGGCAGACGGCCAAUGCACAUUUAACACAGAACAGUCGCUCUGCUACAGCAAGGACGAGUUAUGAUAACUUUAGAAGGUUUAUUUAUCUGAAGACCACACAAUGGACCAAUCGUUUAAAACUACCCUUGUCAUGUUCUCAAGAGAUCUUAGUUAAUAUACCGUGGAAUGAACGAAUUGUGAUAGUUCAUAUUAAGUAUGAAGAUUUCGUUGGAUUAACAUAUGAUAAAUUCAAAGUUCGGCGUGAUAAAGAUUUAAACACAUUGAAUCUUUCCUUGUCAAAGUUGUGCUAAGCACUGCACAAUGUUGUGAUGGUUAAGCUUCAUGGCUAUCUGCAAACUAAGCUUUGGGCAAAUUGUUGAAUAAUUACCUAAGAUAGUGCUAAUUGUUGAAUAAUUACCUAUGAUAGUGUUAAUUGCCGAACAAAACAUUUUACGGUGUUAUCAAACAGUUACAAUCCAGGAAUUCAUCUGAAAAAGAAUUCUACAGUAGACGCCCGAGAGCCAGAUAUAGUGUGUGAGCAACAACAUGCUUCAUGUGAAAGACUGACGUCAGUAAUACCUCUAUAACGGUGUAAACAUAAAAAUAGAUUUCUGCUAUAGCAACGACAUACAUUUCCUCUGGGUAAAGGCGGUGGUACAGUGCAUAAGUUUUGAAACAAGAAAUUUACUACUGAAGAAAGUGUUACUUUGAAAAGCCGGUUCAUCAAUAAUAGCGGAGUACCAGUAAACCUGUAUUUCACAAUACGUGUGCAACUAUGGCUGUAGACUGUAAUGAAUAAUUCGAAAAAGCGGAAGCAGCUUGAAGGUAUUCCAGGAAAAGAAAUCUGAUAAUGAGGAUAAUUCCUGUCACAGCACAUAAAACUAUCGAACGAAGGCAGCGUUAAGUGUAUGGAGAUCACAGUUUUGGAUCCUAUUGGAGUAACAUAAUUAAAACAUACUGAGUAUCUCAAAUCAUUUAAUUGUGUUCUCUUGUCAAAAGUCAGAGGAAACUUGUCUAGUGAACGAUAUGAAAGUGCAAGUGAUGGUCUUUUGUCAAGAAAUACAAAUGUUUCCUUGAAGGAAAUAACUCUUCUUACGACUUUUUGUGAUAUUCAGAGUGCUUCUGUUUCCAGUUCAAGGUCAAAAUUUGUGCAACGAAGGAUCAAUAGCAAAAAAAAGAUCAGGAUUAAAUUCACUAUCGUCUUAUAGUUUGACAGUCAACAAUUAUCUCGGUAACGAGCGGUUUUAUAAAACACGACUGAGACAUUGACUGGUUCAUAAAACGAGUUAAAUCUGUUGUUAGUUUCAUAGUUUACAUGUGUACAUAGGUGUCAUUUUUCUGCAAAUCAUUUACAUUUUUACAUUUAAUCACAGAGCAAUGCAUAAAACAACUACUACAUCUCAAUAAAUACAUGAAAUCGUUUUGGUAAUCUUGUAAAUGAGUGCAAAUAUUCUUGUAGUUUGCUUUUGCCAUAUUGUGUGGCAUAUAGCAGAAAUAGAGAAUCCUAUGAUUUUCGAAUUCAGCUUGCUAAUGAAUCAGCACCAUUAUAAUCAACUGUUACAUUGAGUGUUAAGAUUAAAUUAAAUGAAAUUAAAACUUUCUAAUUGUUUAAUAGAUUGUUAACAAUGCCAGUUUUUAAUAUGUCUCAAUAAUUCGGUGGCAGAGAGGAAAUAACGUCUUUAGACAACUAAGUGCACAAGGACUGUGUCAUUUUAUUUGUUGCACAUUUCGUCUCAUUUGAAAAAUAUUUGUAAUGAUUCCAGAUGUUACUAUGACAGUAUUGUAGAUUCUAAAAUGCGAAAUAACUUAUUUUAUCAACAUUGUGUACAUAUAAAGGACUAUUAGGAUGUCAAACGUGGAACACAUGGUGAGUUUGAUUCAUGUCAUCAUCUAAAGUUAAUGCAAACCCAUUACUUACACACGUGCCGUAUUACCUGGCCUUAUUAGAUAUACAUACUAUUACACAUGUUUGUAAAGUUAUACACGGAUGAUCCGUCAUUUACCGUCCUGAAAUGACCAUAGCUGUAGAUAGGACGUUAAACAAUA